UUUGAAGUGGCGUAAUUAAUCCCUCGCUAAGUUAGGGAAAGGAUUUCAUUGCACAUUCUGUUUGAUUUAGGUUGGACCUUAAACAGCUUUUUAUUCUGUAGAAAAGCUUGUUUUAUUAGUAUUAGUUUAGAAAAAUAAGAUAAAGAAGUGGGGUCCAAAACCGCCACAACACAAUAAUGCGAGUACCCAAAGCACUUAAUCCAAGACUCCAAAAGCAGCUUUUAUUAAGAUUCGGAGUAUAUGAAAAGGUGUAUCCUGUUGAGACAACUCCGAGCAGAACAGUUCCAGACCACAUUGAGAAGCCGGAGUAUGUGUUACAGAAACAGCCAAUGGUGCUGCCAGACAAAGCGGAAGUUAAAGACGUCAAUCAGCUACGAGGAAUGAGAAGAAGUUGCAAGCUCGCUGCUAAUAUAUUAGCUCAUGUUCAGAAGAAUAUCUAUCCAGGAAUUACUACAGAUGAAAUAGAUGGACUGGUACACAAGUUAACAGUGGAAGCAGGGGCUUACCCGUCCCCAUUGCAUUAUAAAGGCUUCCCAAAAAGCGUGUGCACCUCUGUGAACAAUGUAGCAGUGCAUGGCAUACCCGACCUGAGGCCGCUACAGGAUGGUGACAUUAUCAAUGUUGAUAUAACAGUUUUCUUCAAAGGGUUCCACGGAGACUGUUCUAAGACCUUUCCUGUUGGAAAAGUUGAUGAUCGAGGAUUAGAACUUAUCAGUGUUACGGAAGAGUGCCUCUAUAUUGCAAUCAAAACGUGUGGUCCAGAGGUACCAUUUAGCGAAAUAGGAGCUUCGAUAUUUAGACAUUCGAAAAGAAAUGGGCUAACCGUGUUGCCUGCUUUCAUAGGCCACGGUAUUGGCCAAUAUUUCCAUGGCCCCCCAGACAUUUACCACACAUUGAACCGCUACCCAGGCCGGAUGAGGCCAGGUAUGACCUUCACCAUCGAGCCCGUGUUGUCGCACGGCAGCAAGCACACUCUGAUGCUGCCCGACGGUUGGACGGUGGUCACAGAAGACGGGUCUAGGAGCGCUCAAGCGGAACACACAGUUCUAGUCACGGAGGACGGUGCCGAGAUCCUUACCAAGUAGU